AUGUCUUCCACUCAAGAAGUUGGAGACAUUUUUGGUGCCGGCAGAGGCCCAGCUCAAGCCAUGCUACGAUCACCGACAGUAUUGAUUGUCAGUGUUGGGCUCUGGGGAAUGAAUAUAUUUUUGUUUAAUCUGUUUCGAAUCAAUUAUCGUUAUGUUCUGAAACAUGACUUGCUGUGGGAACGGAAACGAGAGAAACUCAAACGGGAGACCCAGCAGCCAAAAUCAAAUCGAACGAGAAAUUCUUCCUUUGAUGCUGAUAACGAAAGCCUAGGCCAGACGUCGCCUUCGUCCAAUGAUGGUACUGUUGACGUUUUGCUAGUCGAAGAAGACAGUCACUUUCAUGACGACCAUACGUCCGGUGCCUCAAUUACUUGGUACAGACUGGUUGCCUUUUCGAUCAGUCUCUUGUUUGUCUUGCAUUUUACGACCAACAUAUGGAUGCAAACCUUGGGUCGGUCAUCGAUUGGUGCAGUAUUUUCCUUUUAUGGUGCCGUGUUGCUCUACAGUCUAAUACCCUUCCCAUCGACCAAGUGGCUCCGACGGGCUAUCUAUAUUACCUUACAGCGCAUCCUGGAAUUGAUUCGACCAAGAUUUCACAGCUCACAGCAAUAUUUGCGGCCGAUUCCUUUCAUUGAUGUCUUUUUUGCCGAUGCCAUGUGCAGUCUGUCCAAGGUAUUUUUCGAUUGGGGCAUGAUGGGACACAUGGCCGCUCAUUAUCCGGAUCCAGUUCCUCCUGCCACGCACAAUAUAAUCAUUCCCUCUCUCUGCGCUGCUGUCCCGUACCUUAUUCGGGCUAGGCAAUGUUGGGUCAUGCUGACCAUUGGACGAAUGAAGAAUGAUCCCAAGAGAAAUCAACACUUGGCCAAUGCCAUCAAGUAUUCCACAAGUCUUUGGCCCUUGCUUCUAUCGGCCUACCAACGAACCUUGCCUGACGAAAAGUCGCAGUCGUUGGAAGGUUUACUGAUAUUCCUCCUAUUUGUGAAUGCCUCUUAUUCCUUGUAUUGGGACAUUGUCAUGGAUUGGGGUAUGAUGCACAAUCCCACAGUGGUAGUAUCCACCGCUUGCAUUGGUAGUUCGGGUGCCCCCAUGUAUUCCGAGCUGUCCACGGCCACUUCCACGGUUCCGCCAUCCUCGUCGUGUCAUCAUGGAUUGCUCCGCCCCAAGUUGCGAUUUGGAGUUGGUAUUUCCACUUGGAUUUUCAUUACGGAUUGCAUAUUGCGAUUCAGUUGGGCCUUGCGGUUUGCCACCAAUGUAUUUCCGAGUCCCGAUAUGUUUGCACUCUUUACGCAAUUCUUGGAAGUCAUGCGUCGGGCCCUUUGGAAUUUGUUGCGAGUGGAAUGGGAGAAUCUAAAGCAAGUCAAUAGUGGAACCAGACUGAUUGUGGAAGAUGACGAGGAAGAAGAAGACCGAGAACGUGCCGUAGAGCUGGUGGAUGCACCCCAACCAAUAAAGCCCAUUAGACAACGGGCCGAUCGAGUGGAGUGA